GGGCGGCGGCGGCUGCGGGCUGGGCUCGGGCGGCGGCGGCGGCGGCGGCGGCGACUCUUCCAAGCAGCCUCGCAUCCUCCUCAUGGGGCUGCGGCGCAGCGGGAAGUCCUCGAUCCAGAAGGUGGUGUUUCACAAAAUGUCUCCCAAUGAAACCUUGUUUUUGGAGAGUACCAACAAAAUCUAUAAGGAUGACAUUUCUAACAGCUCCUUUGUGAACUUCCAAAUAUGGGACUUUCCAGGACAAAUGGAUUUCUUUGAUCCCACAUUUGACUACGAGAUGAUCUUUAGAGGAACUGGAGCCCUCAUCUAUGUUAUAGAUGCACAGGAUGACUACAUGGAAGCUUUAACCAGGCUGCACAUUACAGUUUCUAAAGCUUACAAAAUCAAUCCAGAAAUGAACUUUGAGGUUUUUAUUCAUAAAGUUGAUGGCUUAUCAGAUGAUCAUAAAAUAGAAACUCAGAGGGAUAUUCAUCAGAGAGCUAAUGAUGAUCUUGGUGAUGCUGGCCUAGAAAAACUGCAUCUUAGCUUUUAUUUGACCAGCAUCUAUGAUCAUUCAAUAUUUGAAGCUUUCAGUAAGGUGGUACAAAAGCUCAUCCCACAGUUGCCAACCCUGGAAAAUUUGUUAAAUAUCUUUAUAUCGAAUUCAGGGAUUGAGAAAGCUUUUCUCUUUGAUGUUGUCAGCAAGAUCUAUAUUGCUACAGAUAGUUCUCCAGUUGACAUGCAGUCCUAUGAGCUAUGUUGUGACAUGAUUGAUGUAGUCAUUGAUGUUUCUUGUAUUUAUGGGCUAAAGGAAGAUGGUAGUGGAAGUGCAUAUGAUAAGGAGUCUAUGGCAAUUAUCAAACUCAAUAACACAACUGUUCUCUAUUUAAAAGAAGUGACCAAGUUUCUGGCCUUGGUGUGUAUCCUUAGAGAAGAAAGCUUUGAACGCAAAGGUUUAAUAGAUUACAAUUUCCACUGCUUCCGCAAGGCCAUCCAUGAGGUCUUUGAAGUGGGCAUUUCCUCUCACCGAUCCUGCAGCCAUCAAGCAAACAUCCCUGGUCUGAAGGCAGUGGCACAUAAUGGCACUCCUAGAAAUGCAGUCUAGGAGGACAAAUCUGGAUGACCAACUGCUCGCCUGCUGCAGGUCUCUGUGUCGAGGAUGGGUAGCACAGAGAACUUUGUGCAUCCUGUAGGAAAAACUUUGCCUUGCAGAGGCAAAUCAGAGGUGUGGCAGCAAGCAAAAUGGCUGCUUAGAACUUGAGGACUGGGAGCAGUUGCUUCUGUCUUCCUGUUCAUAGCACAGCUGCUUCUCCACUUGGCAUCUCCCUUCAUAUGAAACAGGGCAUGGACUAUUUGGAAGUAAGCUGGAUUGACACUUGCUCAGCAUUAUGUUUUCAAACUUCGCCAGUUUCAAAAAUGGUGACUUUCUGCAAAAGUUCAGAAAAUCAGACACUGUAGCUUGUAACUUACUUUAGCACAAUCGCAACAUUCCAAGUGACCCUUUUGUGGUAACACCUGAAAAAAAAUCCAUAUUUCCCAGCAGUUCCAUUGAGUUCUUUAUCUUAAGCAUCUGAUAAAGAAAAGAAUUGACAACUUUAACUUUGUUGCACAGAACCAGUUUAGCAUGUGCCUGUCAUGGAUUCUCAAGCUUGUGUACAAGCCAAUUAAGAAGUUGCUGGCAAUAGUUCCUGUCCUUGUCCGGGACUCUUUUGUAGUAAUUGAUCCAGAUUUUGCCUAGUGGACUUUUGUUUUACAUAUUUCAUUUUCAAAGCCACAUGAUUGCAUAAGCAAUUAAUUUGUGUAAAUUGUGGUUUGUAAUUUUGGAAAAUUCAGAGUGGCCUGAAUGUCCAUGUCUAGAAUCCGCAGUGGCCAGCUUUCAGGCAGUGAGCCUCCUUUCUCUCAAGUUUAGCAAGAUAGAGAAACUGCCCAGAACUGGCACGUUUUCCAUAGGAUGAAGGCUUGUGUCUUUCGUGCGAACUUUCCUUUGUGGCCUCGUGUCCAUUGGUUUGUAAAGAGUUGUUAGGCCCUCUUCUCGGGGGAGACAACCCUUCCAUGUUCCAAGGCCUCAGGCCCUGUUCCUCUUCAUAUGUCUAUGUGACUUUGGUGAAGGAUUAACCGGUUUGCUACAGCUGACUGUUUUACAGUGUCUUGUCCAGAGAGGGUAGGAGCUUUCACAGAAUUCACUUCUCACUAAACUGCAUUAAUAAAAUGCAUUUAUCUCUGCAAA